AUGGCCACGAUCGCCCGCGAGGGCUCUGGAACGGCUGAUGACCCUCUGGAAAACUACGAGGAGGUCAAGACCUUGGGACGUGGUGCUUUCGGCGUCGCCACGCUGGUGAAAUCCCGUGCUGAAGGGGAAGGUGGCGCCCUCCGAGUGAUCAAGCAGGUGGACCUUAGCAUCCUCACUGCCACAGCUUUGGAAGAGUCCCACAAGGAGGUCGGUGUCCUGCAGCGACUGACUCACAGGCACAUCAUCGCCUACUUCGAUACGUUCAUGCGAAGCUCCACCCUUUACAUAGUCAUGGAGUAUGCGGACGGAGGGGACUUGGCAAGCUUGAUCAGGCAGAAGAAGGACGACGAGGAAACGUUUUCGGAGGACGAGGCCAUGACCAUCUUCGCACAGUGCCUGUCGGCGCUCCAGUUCAUCCACUCCAAGCGGAUCCUUCACCGCGAUAUCAAGUCGCAGAACAUCUUUAUGAUGGCCGCUGGCGAGGCAAAGAUAGGCGAUUUUGGCAUUUCGAAAGUCAUCGAGACGACCACGGCGGCCCAGGGCACCGUGGUUGGCACGCCAUCCUACUUUGCACCGGAGAUCUGUGAGGACAAGCCGUAUGGGCCCAAGAUCGAUGUGUGGUCCAUGGGCGUGGUACUCUACGAGAUGCUCGCGCUUGUGCAGCCGUUCACGGCCUCGAACGUCGCGGCACUGAUCAUGAAGAUCGUGAAUGCCGAGCCGGCCCCGCUUCCAGACUCUUGCCGGGCAGAAGUUCGCGAUGUUGUUCGCCGAGCGCUGAACAAGAACCCGGAGGAUCGAGCCACCGCAGAAGAGUUGAUGCAGCUUCAGCCGGUGAAGUCAGCCGUGGCACCCAGCAUGGAGAUGAACAACACAACGCUGAGCAUGGCGGACUUCGUGAAGGAGAAGGAUCUGGGCCGCGGGGCCUACGGUGUCGCUGUGCUGGUGAAGCACAAGGAAACCUCAGUGCUGCGAGUGGUGAAGACCGUGGACCUCGGUGGCAUGUCCGCCCUGGCCAGGAAGAGCGCAGAGGACGAAGUGAGCCUUUUGCACCGCCUGUUUCAUCCACACAUCAUCGCCUACUUUGACACGUUUAUCGAGGCCGACAAGCUGCACAUCGUGCUCGAGUAUGCAGAUGGUGGUGAUCUCUACACAGAGGUGCAGAGGCGGCAGAAGGACGAGGAAUACUUUAGCGAGGACGAGGCAAUGACACUGUUUCGACAAUGCCUGAGCGCCCUAGCGUAUAUCCACAAGAAGAAGAUUCUUCAUCGCGACAUCAAGACGCAGAACAUCUUCUUGAUGAAGUCUGGUGAUGCCAAGCUUGGCGAUUUCGGCAUCUCGAAGGUGAUGGACGAGACCAUGGUUGCAGGCACUGUGGUGGGAACACCGGCGUACUUGGCACCGGAAAUUUGCAAUGGCGCGAAGUACGGAAGCCGCAUAGACGUCUGGUCUCUGGGAGCCGUCCUCUAUGAAAUCCUCGCGCUGAAGCAUCCAUUUCAAGCGAGCAACAUGGCGGCCACGCUCAUGAAGAUCAUCAGCGCGGAUCCGGCUCCCCUGCCCGACCGCUGCAGUGAGGAGGUGAAGGCGGUGGUCGCCUUGGCCCUGCAAAAGGACCAGAACAAGCGGCCCUCGGCCAAGGAAUUGCUGGCCCACCCGGCCGUGAAGCAGCUCGGGGGGGAGGCCACUGCAAGGCUCGAUGCUUCCUCUGGCCUCGACUCGCUCGCGUCCUCCUGGGACGGCGGGAAGAUCAUCGAGGAAGAUGAGAACCUGACACUCCAGUCGCCAGCAGGAACCUUACACUCUACGGAAUUUCGAAUUUUAGAUCACAGCACCGGCGAGGGGAAGUCCCUGAAGGGGAUCCUCGAAGCCGAAGCUUUCGUGGGAAACGACAUGACAAAGAGCGAUAUGUCGUACACCAUGCCUGUCUCCGAAGGAGACACGCUGACAUCGCUGACUUCCGGAAGGAACACUGGCAGCGGCCUAGCGGAGGCCUUGGAGAUAUCGCUGCAGGGCACUUCUACACUUGUCCCGCACGACAGAAACGACCGGCUCGCCCAGGAGCUGGCGGCUCGUGCCGGGAAGGCGCCAGGUGGAGAAGAUGAUGCCGACGCCAUGACGGGAGCCACCCUGCUUCCGUCUGAGGAGGAGGAGAAGCUGCGGAAGAAGAGGGAAGAGAACGAAGCCUUUGCCGAAGAGAUGCGGCUCUACAAGCUGCAGAUGGAGGCCGAAGGCACGGGCUCUGCCACCAUGCGGCCAUCGAAGACCCCGGAACCGGAGCCUCCGACGUCGCCCCAGACGAGGACGAGUGCGAAUGCAAGCGACGAAGGUGACUUCAGCCCGAGUAGACCAAAGACCAAACAGGAGCGACGAGAGGAGGAAGCCGAGAAGAGACGCCAGGAGCUCCAACAGGCCAUGGCUGAGGCGGCCCUGGACAAACAGAAGGCCCGGGAGAGGAUGGAGAAGGAGCGCGGUGGCACCAUGAAAGUUGUGGGCACCGACAAGGACAGGUCCUUGACCAGCAGCCCUGGGCUUCGUGGCGCUGGUGCAAGCAUAACUGUUUGUCUAGCCACCAUCAGCGACUUCGCGUUCACAGACCUGAAUCCUGCGCCUUAUCUGCUUAAUGGUACAGCCACGUGGACACCCCCGGCCGACACGUCGCCGUAUCUCGACUACCGCGUCUGGUUGCUAACAAGAAAGGAGUACUCUUUUUCGGUAGACGAGAUUUACUUCAGCGGCAGCCAAGUGGAUGUAGUGCCACUAGGGACGAAUUCCUUGACCUUCUCAAGAAGUCGCGACACAGAGACCACCUUUGGCUACGCACAGUACAUUGCGGUGAUCCCGAACCGGCAGGACGGUGACAGGACUGCGGCAUUCAACCAAGCCGAUGUUAUUGGCUUGGUGGAUUAUGUGCAAAGCCUGGGCGCAUUACAGGUGGAGUCGGUGGCUUUCACCGACUCGGACAGCGUCGCCACCUACGUGGCGGGGGCCGUGACGUGGGCACGGCAGGACACCGACUACGGUUUCGUCGAGACCUUUGCCGUCUACCUGGCUGAUGAUGCUUCUGGAACCAACGAAGUCUUCGUGGCUUCGACAGCUUCCGGUGAUCUGGGACUCACGAUUCCUUCGGGGACUCUGGCAGAUGGCCGGUCCUAUGACUCUUCAACUUGUGACUUUGAGAAGCAACUCGCCAAGGUGCUCGUCUACUGCGAGAACUCCAUGGGCCGGGCCACAUCAGCUGCUUCCCCUGACGGCGACGACGACAACUUCAGGAAGCUUCACCUCUACUUGGACGAGCUCGUCUUCGUCCAUAUCUGUUUCCAUCACGGGCACAAGCAGCAGCACAGCUCCAACGUCGACUGUCACCACCAGUGCCUCCAGCACCAGCACAAGUACAUCACAGUCAGCCACAACCACGUCGAGAUCUCUGACGUCGACGUCAAUGACCGCGACUACAACCUCCCACUCUAUUUCAUCGACUUCGAGCGGCACUUCCUCAGCGACUUUAACAGUCAGUUCCACCUCCAUGAGCAUGAGUACGACCACUUCGUCCCGCAGCCAGACCACAACUACAAAGUCCGUUUCUUCAACUUCGAGCGGUACCUCCACCGAACGGUCGCAUGGACCCGGCAAGACAACGUGGACUACGGCUCCGUGGAGGCCUUCGCGGUGUACUUGGCGGAUGAUGCGUCUGGAAGCAAUGAGGUGUUCGUGGCCGCCACCAGCUCCAGCCACUCGCAGCUCAAGGUUCCAGCAGGAACGCUUGCUGGUGGCCGGUCCUUUGUGCUUGUCUACUGCGAGAAUGCACUCGGCCGCGCCACUUCAGCCGCCAACGUCGCUUUCUCCGACUGGGCUCUCAGCGUGCCGUCCACGACGGGAACGUUUACAACUGCAACAACCAUGAGCAGCACGGUCACCGACACUGUGACCGAUCGACUGAGAGCCGUGGGAACCACAUCAUUCACGGACCACGACCCCGCUGUUUACCAGCUGAAUGGCACUGUGAGCUGGAUACCACCUGCGGACACGUCGCCAUAUCUUCACUAUGGUGUGUGGCUUCUGACCAGAAAGGACUAUUCGACGUCGGUGCUUGAAGUUCUUUCGACUGGUAGCCAGGUGGAUGACCCGACGACCCCAGACGGAAAUGUGCCGCUGGGCACGAACCAACUGGCCUUUGCCCAAUCACGCGAUCUGGGGUCUAAUGGGUACGCCCAGUUCCUCGCGGUGAUUCCCAACCGUGUGGACAAUGACCUUGCGGCAUCGUACAGCCAGGCUGGCUUUGUGAGCAUCGUGGACUUACCACUCACGAGCUUGGGAGCGUUGGAAGUUCAGUCGGUUUCUUUCUCGGACGAGGACAGCGUCGCAACGUAUAUCACAGGAACAGUCAUGUGGACUCGGCAAGAUAACCUGGACUACGGAUUCGUGGAGGCCUUUGCGGUGUACUUGGCGGAUGAUGCGUCUGGAAGCAAUGAGGUGUUCGUGGCCGCCACCAGCUCCAGCCACUCGCAGCUCACUGUUCCAGCAGGAACGCUUGCUGGUGGCCGGUCCUUUGUGCUUGUCUACUGCGAGAAUGCACUCGGCCGCGCCACUUCAGCCGCCAGCGUCGCUUUCUCCGACUGGGCUCUCAGCGUGCCAUCCACGACCACGACCUUGACCAGGACAUCGACGGCGACUGAACGUACCUCCUCUUCCUCCGAGCUGAUGGUCUCCACUCCUGUGAAUGAAGGAGAAGACGAGGGACAGAUGGCUGCAGCCGGCGUGGCUAUCGCUCUGAUGGGUGUCGUUGGCUUCGUGGCAGGCAUUCUUUGCCUGCUACCUGCCUGUGGAGUGGCCUAUGGCAUGAAGGAAGGCCGUGCCCCCACGGUUGGCGCUGCCCGCGGUUCAUCCGCGCCCAAGGUCGGUGAGGCCUUCAGCGAACGUUCGCCAGAGGCGGAGCUGCAGGGCAGCCUCUUUCCUUCGAGCUUGCGCGGCGGCAGGGCCUUGCGAACCCUGCGGCGCGCGAUGACCCAAUCCCAGCGCACGCAGCGACGACUGGAUCUCCGACACGUGGACAGCUUGGCGACGUUCCUGCCACAGGCACAGCCCGCACAGCCGGCACAGCCUGAAGCCGAGCCCGAAGUCGCGAGCACGGAGGUCACGGAGGCCUGGAGCAGCUGGGCCCUUCGGAGCACGGCCCAUGGCGAACGCGAGCCUCGGCCAGGGCUUCAGGGCCUUCAGAGGCCGCAGAGGUCCAAUGGCCGCAACCUGCCGGGUGUGGUGGCCGCAUGUGAGCUGGAGAUGGAUCUGGUGGAUGUGUAA